AUGUCAAAAGCAUCUAAGACGACGUUAGCAAUGACCGGUCUCGGUACUGCGGGGAUAGUCUGGUUUGUUCACUGGGCACAAGAACAAGAGAGAGCAGCAAUGCACAAAGGCGUGGAACGAGACAUGGAGAAGCAACGAAUUCGACAAGAACGAGAAGCCGACUUUGCGCUGCAAAAGGCCCUACAAGAACAAUACCUCAAAGUCCAGACGGUCUCUCCUAGUACGGACGAUUCAGGGACAGGGACAGGACAGAAUAGUGCCAACCAGGGUACAUAG